CCCGAUAUCACUCGCAUGGCGCACGGGUAACCGGAUCAGCUUUGGGCAGAAACGAGGCGGGGUGACCGACUAAAGGAAUCUGAGGUGAAGAAUAAAAACAAUGUCUGUUUCCUCUAGUGAAGUGACAGUGGCAGGCGAGAUCAAAAAGGAAAAUGUGAAGUACGCGGAGCCUCCCGAGAGAUCCACGGACAGUCGGGGGCACGUCAAACUCCUCAUUCUGGACACUCCAGUGGCCACCGGGAUGCUCGUCGGGCAGCAGCAGACCUCUCCACCGGAGCGCAAGAUGCCCACUAUGGACUCUUUGUCUGCGCACACUUCACCCGCAGCAGCCGCGGCCUCUUUGGCUUUCUCACCGGAGCAGGUUGCUUGUGUUUGCGAGGCGCUUCAGCAGGGGGGCAACGUGGAUCGACUCGCCCGGUUUCUGUGGUCUCUCCCGCAGAGCGACUUGCUGCGCGGUAACGAGAGUAUCCUCCGCGCUCAGGCGCUGGUGGCCUUCCACCAGGCGCGCUACCAGGAGCUUUACAGCAUCUUGGAGAGCCACAGUUUCAGCCCCUCGUGCCACUCUGCCCUGCAGGACUUAUGGUACAAAGCCCGGUACACGGAGGCGGAGAAGGCCCGCGGUAGACCGCUGGGCGCAGUGGAUAAAUAUCGCCUGCGACGGAAGUUUCCCUUGCCCCGGACCAUCUGGGAUGGAGAGGAGACGGUGUACUGCUUCAAAGAGCGCUCCAGGAACGCGCUGAAGGACCUCUAUAAGCAGAACCGGUACCCAUCCCCGGCCGAGAAAAGGAAUCUGGCCAAGAUCACAGGACUGUCCCUCACACAGGUCAGCAACUGGUUCAAAAACAGGAGGCAGAGAGACAGAAACCCGUCAGAGGCGCAGUCCAAAAGUGAGUCAGAUGGAAAUCACAGUACGGAGGAUGAGAGCAGUAAAGGUCAGGAGUCUCUGUCCCCAUGCCCGAUGUCAACCUGUGCUGACGGGACCGUGGGCAAUGCAGUUGUGCCUCUCUGCUCUGGAGCUCUGCAGGCCGGGGUCAUCGUCCAGCAGGCUGGAGACAGCAGGACCUCUGUCUCGCCACCGUCCGUCAUAUUUAACGGAGUCUCAGUCAACACUCCCACCUCUGUUUUCCACAACGGCACCCCUUCAUUUCUCUCCACUACAGGACAUGUCCUCUUCAGCGGCAUGAACUUGGGACUCCAGUCCCUGGCUUGCAGAUCAACGGCAGAUGUGGAGAUGGAUGGUACAGGACAGGAUAAAGGGGUAAUGGAAGAUCCUGCACUGGCGUACCCCUCAUUUCACUGCAGUGUGAAUGGGACAGACAUAGAUGUGAAAACAGAGGAUGUGAGGCAGGAUGUGUCGGUCCAGGACCAGACCACGUCCAUUAGCUCGGUAUUCACUGUCAACCCAUCCAACAACUUGCAGCUUGAAGGUUACAACUUGGUUCCUGAAGGCAAUGGGACCUCGCUGCUUAGUAACAAGAUGGCACUUUCUCCCUUGCAACUCUCAUCAUCUUCUUCACCCUCAUCAGUCACACAAGGUUAG